AUGACGGCAGUGGUGGCUGGCGGCGGAGCUGCCCUGGUGUGGCCUCUUGACGUGGAUGUGAAGGCAGAGCGUAUCUCCACUCUUGCGGCUGAGGCAACGGUGCUUCGAAUGCUCCAAGCGAUUGCCGAACUUCUUCGCGGACAAUGCUCUACAGAAGAAGAAAUGAGACGGCACCUGCUCUUCGCUGCACUAGCCGCCUUCGCGUUCUUGAACUCAGGCUAUGCCGCGCCACAUGAAAGUUCCUCAUCUGAGGACUCAAACGCAAUUGCUGGACAAGAUGACUACCAACACGAUGAUGGAGGCUUCCCAAAAGAACCAUCUCCAACUGAAACAGAAAAAAGCGACAGCGAUUCUGAAACAACCACAUCGUCCACGAAAGAUAGCAGUAGCAGCCACCAAGAUGAAGAGCGUGAAGAAAACCGAGGUUCCAGCGAGACUACAACUGGAGCAGACAGUGGUAGCCAAGAUGAAGAGCUAGAACAGAAAGAUGAUUCCAAAGAGACGACUACACAAUGUGAUUCAACUUCUACUGAAGGAGACAAUGGCAGUGAAGAUGAAGAGGGUGACAAAACCCAAGAGCCCAGUGAGACUACAAAACCUGGUUCAACUGCAAAUGAAGCAGACAGUGGAAGCAAAGAUGAAGAGCUAGAAGAAAAUGACGACACCGAAGAGACGACUACAGAAUGCGGCUCAACUUCAACUGAAGGGGACAAUGACAGUCAAGAUGAACAGCGUGAAGAGAAGGAAGGCUCCGACUCCGACAAAGAAUUAUCGCCGUUGCAAAAUCUAAGCAAGAUAAUCACUGAUCCAUUCAAAAAUCUGGUCGGGAAAUAA